UAGUAGCAAGAACCCCUGAACAUUUCUCUUUACUACGAAGUUACCAUCACAAACGUUCAUCAACUUCAAACUUUCUUAUUAGUUUAUCAGGAGAUACAGAUACUAGCACUGAGUUAAUUAGCAGAAGAGAUGGAAAAGCUUUCUGCAGGGCUGAGCCACCUCUUCAUGACGGUCUUCCUUUACUGCUUCUCGGGAUUCAUGGUGAUUCCGGCUAUUACCGACGUAACCAUGUCUGCUGUUUGUCCUGGAAAAGAUGAAUGCUCCUUGGCCAUCUAUCUAACUGGAUUCCAACAAGCGAUAAUCGGACUGGGAUCGCUAGUGAUGAUGCCUCUGGUGGGGAAUCUAUCCGACAGAUAUGGGAGGAAAGUCAUGCUGACGGUCCCCAUGACUCUCUCCAUUUUUCCUCUUGCCGUAUUGGCGUACAGCAGGACAAAAGGAUUCUUCUAUGCGUACUGUGUUCUGAGAACACUAAUUUCCAUGGUCACUGAAGGAAGUGUACAGUGCCUUGCUCUUGCCUACGUGGCGGAUAAUGUACCAGAGAGCAAACGAGUUUCGAUAUUUGGAAUCUUGUCGGGGAUUGCUUCUUGUGCCUUUGUCUGCGGGAACCUCUCUACUCGUUUCCUUUCCACUUCUGCAGUUUUCCAGGUUGCUGCAGGAGGAACGGUAAUAUCUUUGGUGUACAUGAGAAUGUUCCUUCCGGAGUCCAUGUCGAGAUCUUCUAUUGUUUCAGAACAGGCAACGGAGACUGAUUCUCUAUUGGAAAAGUCUCCCAAAAAGACUUUGAAGCUCUUCAAGACGUUGCCUUCUUUGAAGGAUACGAUCAGCAUGUUAAGGACUAGCAAAACAUUUUCACAGGCGGCUGUUAUUUCGUUCUUCAGCACUGUUGCAGAAGUUGGUGCUCAUUCUUCUCUAUUGUACUACUUGAAGGCCCAAUUUCACUUUGACAAAGAUCAAUUUGCUGAUUUGAUGAUUAUUAAUGGGAUUGCGGGGACAGUGUCACAGCUAAUUUUCAUGCCCAUAUUAGCUGCUGCUGUUGGAGAAGCUAAGCUACUUUCAGUGGGGCUCUUUUUUAGCUGUCUGAAUAUGUUGCUUUACAGCAUUGCGUGGGCAUCCUGGGUUCCAUAUGCUGCAGCUGUACUCUCUCUGGUGGCUAUUUUUGCCAUGCCGUGUUUACGGAGCAUUGCAUCCAAAGAAAUUGGGCCCUGUGAACAGGGGAAGGCUCAAGGGUGCCUUACGGGCAUAUGCUCUUUCGCCCAGGUUGUUUGUCCAUUGGCUUUCAGUCCUUUGACAGCUUUGUUUCUUUCGGAAAGUGCGCCAUUUCAUUUUCCCGGAUUCAGCAUCUUGUGUGCUGCCUUUGCUGCGAUGAUAGCCUUUGCACAGAGUAUCGCAGUAAGGACUGCACAACCAGGUUGCAUUGUUGAGGAUUUCAACUCUGUGGAGCCUUAGCUUUACAGAAACUGAGCACAGUGGCUAAAUUAUAGAGCAACAACUGUCAUCUCUCGUUUCAAGUUUUACUAGCUGUAUUUUAAGGUAGAGCUGUGAUUUGAUGAGAAAGGAAAGGAAAGUGAACCAAAAAGACGUGUUUUCUGUCAUUUGGGAGUCUUUGAGGGGCAGAAAAGCAUAUGAUUUGGACGGAUGGGCUGGUGCUGCCAUGCUUCCUAUAAAAGUUUUUGGGUGGAAGGAAAGCUGAGAAUGCCUAAUAAAAUGUUUUCUGAAUAUCCAUUUUGUCUUCAAAUGCGUGUUGAACAAAUUUGUGUUGACAUCUAUAUGAAAAAUCAUCUCAUUUGUCAUUUCUUA